UCGGCUCCGAGAGGCUCAUCUGGCAAAAGGGCGCGGAAACCACGGGGGCCCUAAGACUGAGUGGUCCCUAUCCCACUUCUCUCUGGGGCGGCGCUGUAGCCAGCGGCUGACAGGCGCAGCGAAAGGCAGCCCUCUGCUGUAAGGAGGAAAACUGAGGCCUGGGAGCAGGAACCUGUAGGCAGCGCUUGAGGGUAGCGGGAUAGCAGCUGCAAGCGCGCGUGGGAGGCGGGGGCUCUGGGCGGAACAAAAAUCACAGGAUGUCAGAGGAUGUUUCCCGGGAAGAACUGGGAUAAAGGAAGGGUCCCAGCACCAUGGAGGACCCGAACCCUGAAGAGAACAUGAAGCAGCAGGAUUCACCCAAGGAGAGAAGUCCCCAGAGCCCAGGAGGCAACAUCUGCCACCUGGGGGCCCCGAAGUGCACCCGCUGCCUCAUCACCUUCGCAGAUUCCAAGUUCCAGGAGCGUCACAUGAAGCGGGAGCACCCAGCGGACUUCGUGGCCCAGAAGCUGCAGGGGGUCCUCUUCAUCUGCUUCACCUGCGCCCGCUCCUUCCCCUCCUCCAAAGCCCUAAUCACCCACCAGCGCAGCCACGGUCCAGCCGCCAAGCCCACCCUGCCGGUUGCAACCACUACUGCCCAGCCCACCUUCCCUUGUCCUGACUGUGGCAAGACCUUUGGGCAGGCUGUUUCUCUGAGGCGGCACCGCCAGAUGCAUGAGGUCCGUGCCCCUCCUGGCACCUUCGCCUGCACAGAGUGCGGUCAGGACUUUGCUCAGGAAGCAGGGCUGCAUCAACACUACAUUCGGCAUGCCCGGGGGGAGCUCUGAGUGCAGCUUAAGCCUCUCCACGGUGACGGGUGGCUCUGUGGCUGGUAGGACUCACCCAUGAUAUGGGGUGCAGGAACUCUGGGGGCCCUGAAGGAUUUGCUUCCCUCCCCUGGGAAGGCAGAGGGCUCUUAAUAAAGAGGACCCAGAAGAUUCUUA